UCGGGACAGCUACCAGCGUUAACGACAGCCUACAACAGUUCUGGCUGCGUCUCUAGAGCAUCAACGGGGUCUUCCUGGACCCGCUGGUUUAAAAGCAGUGCCUUAAAUCAUUGAAGCAACUGAAUUCUGAUCAUUUCUGGUGGACAAGGGCUCCAUCACGAUCAUUUUGAUAUUCAUAUUGCCUGCAGUGCAUGUCUAAUUCUUUGCGCUCUCCUUCCCGUCCGCUCUCAAGAUCUUCUUCGCGUGGCUCCUUGCGUUCUGUACGCGCUUCAAGCCCCUCAAUACCAAAAAACGAUACAGUGGCUGUUCGUAAUCAAAUGUCGACCUUGAAGCACUCUAUUCGACAUCAACAGGCACAGUUGCACAGUUUGGAAAAUAUCAUUUUGCGUGGAUCACGUCCGCUACCACCUGGCUUCAUGGCACCCUCUCAUUCUCCACAUCCCUCGUCGGAGGAUGUCUUGGAUAUAAGCCCUUGUCCUGUGUCAUAUACCACGAGCUUUUCGACUCCAAAAAUGCAACGUCGCUCCAGUUUUGAUGUUCUGCAAGGCCUCGCUGGUCGCGAAUCAAAUCUUCCACUCCCGAGGCGAGAAAGCGCGACACCAAUAUUGAGACGUGAUGGAAUCCGCGAGGGUAUCCCCAUGGAUUUUGGUGGCAGUCCUGGACAUGCAGUAAACACUAAGCGGAUGUCUAGUCCAACGCGUACACUAAGUCGUAUGUCACUCGCGCCUUUGUCAUCAAUUUUACCAAUUGACGCUCAUGCUGGCAAUAACUCAGACAAUUUGAAUGCCUCCACUUCUUCGCUACAAGCUCCAUCAUCUCCCAAUAGACGUAUCUCUCUUACACCUGGGGGGACAACCAAAGUUUUGGCAGAUCUUCAGGCCGGUGUUAUAAACGCUCGCAAUGCCUUGGAAAAUACCAAGUCUCAACUUCGUCUCUCACAGCGGACCGUCGCGCAAUUAACACGACAGACCGAGGAUCUGAAAGAAGGUCGAGAACGUCUCAGACUAGAAAAUGAAGGUCUUAACAAUGUUGUAGCGAGAAAGGAGAGGUUGUUGCAAGAGGUUCUUGAGCGGGCCCGGAAGGCUGAAGCUGAGGCAGCAACCUUAAAAUCUCAACUGAAAACGGAGACUGCGACCUCCAAAAAGUCUCUUCGCGAGAUGGAAUCAGCUCUCGCUGAAUCAACGGCCCUUUCCCAGAAGGCUGAACGCGAGUACAUUACAUUGCGCGACAGCAUCAAGAGCAUGACCGAGAGUUGGAAACAUGAUACCGAUAGACUUCGUGAAGAGAUGCGGAAGCGCGAGGACAAGCUGAAAAAAGAAGCCGAAUUGGUUGGUAAGAAGUAUAAGCUUCUCGCAGAUGAGAUGAAGGAGGCGCAGCGUCAGCAAGCUUCCGUGAAGGAUCUCAAAAACGAAGACCAGAAAAUAAGGAAAGAGGUCGAAGAAGAGUUCCGCGAGGAGAUUAUAAAACUGAAGGCACGGGUUGAACUUCAAUCUCAUCAAAGUGAUGGGGCAGUAGAGACUGCGAAAUCCUUGUCGUGCGAGCUGGCUCGUCUCCGUCGCUUGAUGCAGUCUGGUGCCAAGUCCCCUCCACCUGACACCGAAAACCCGCCUCCCUAAUCUAGAUCUCCUUUCGUUGCGUCGUCUGGCUGUCCAGGGGGCCGUAUUCACUGACAUGGACAUCCAUCUCAUGUAUAUCAUGCACAUUCAUUCGCACUUUGCAUACACACCCUUCUAGCCUUGCUGUCAUAUACCCACCAAGAUAACUUCAGAUAUGAUUUGUACAUGGUGCAUGAUUUUCACUCCUUUACUGUGCCGCAUUUAGUUCUCGCCCAAGUCGUUCCCUUAAGCGGUAGUAAUGACAAGGUUUCAAUUUUACAUGGACCAAUAUUCGGCUACUUAUAACCGGAGGCAUAACAUUUCCGAAAUACUACAUGCACA